AUGGCUUCUACGACGGAUCUUUCAUCGCAUCUCGCUCUGAUCACCGGCGCGACAGGCGGGAUCGGGCACGCAACCUCCCUCGCGCUCGCUCGCCUAGGCUGCUCCAUCGCCGUGCACUACAACACGGCCUCCGACACGGCAGAAUCGAUCGUCUCUAUACUGAAGUCCAUGGGCGUGCGCGCGAGUGCGUUCCGCGCGAACCUCAGCUCCUACGCCGAAACACGCAACCUUCACGCCUCAGUUGUGCGAGAGAUGGGACAUCCUACCAUCCUGUUCAACAACGCCGGCUUAACGAUGGGGAAAAGCGGUGUCAAGGACAUCAGUGAGAUCACUGUCGAAGAGUUCGAGGAGACCUGGCGAGCGAACUGCGGGACGAGUUUCUUACUCACCCAGUUGUGUGUGCCUCCCAUGGUGGAAAAGGGGUGGGGUCGAGUAAUUUUUUGUUCCAGCGUUGCUGCAUUCACGGGAGGUGUGGUUGGGCCGCAUUACGCAUCGUCUAAAUCGGCGAUGCAUGGUCUCGUGCAUUGGUUGGCGAAUGCAUAUGCCAGCAAAGGUAUAACGGUUAAUGGCGUGGCGCCGGCGCUGAUUGAGGGCACAAAGAUGCUGCCGGGCAGUCAAGAAUUAGCUGCCAGAGUUCCGGUGGGAAGGUUGGGGAAGCCGGAAGAGAUUGCUGAGACCGUGAUUUGGAUCGUAAGGACCGCUUAUGUGCAUAACAAGGUCGUUGCUGUCGACGGUGGUAUGUUCAUCCAGUGA